AUGACGACUCUUGGCUCUCGGGUAAUCCUCCCAGCGUCUUAUACUGAGUGGUUGAAAAAUUGCCUGGAUUUAGAUCAUCAGGCGCUUGUCCACGAUCAAUAUUUUGCGGCAUAUCCCGGCAUGGAAGGACAGAGAGUUGUCACCGAUCCUAGGAAGAUUCUGAUCAAUGUUACCAAAACGAAAUUGAACAACCAGAACGGUCAGUGUGCGUUGUUUUAUGAACAUAUUACGGAGGCUUUAGAAGAGAUUUGGAUGGGCCGCGACGAUUGGCACACCGUUGAUUGGUCUCAGCAUGCAGUCCGCUUCAUCGGGCGAAUGUCAGCAUCUGUCUUUGUCGGACCUGAAUUAGCUCGUGAUCCUAAGUGGCAAGCGUUAAUUCUAACUUCGACGAUGAAUACUUUUAUGGGGAUUCGAUCUCUCCGCGCUUGGCCAGCCUUCCUUCGUCCAUUGGUUCAUUGGUUCUUGCCAGAACUCAGAAAGUGUCGUCAGCAACUUCGCCUUGCUCGUCUGAUGUUGCAGCCAAUCUUCGACUGUAGGGGGUAUAGGCAGUCUCACUCUACUAAACCUGACAAGAUAGAAAAUUUCGAGGAUACCAUACAGUGGCUUGAAGAAAUCGCUGCUGGACGCCCCUAUGAUGCUGCUGCAGCGCAAAUUGCGUUCGCGAUAAGCGCAAUGCACACAACUUCUGAGCUACUCAAGCAGGCCCUACUUGAUAUCUGUAUGCAUCCAGAUCUGAUUCCGGUUCUACGGGAUGAAGCACAGAAAGCUAUCGAGGAGAGCGGAUGGACAACUGCGGGUGUUUUCAAGAUGCAGCUGUUGGACAGCGCAGUAAAGGAAACACAACGGCUCAAACCGGGAUCGUUAGUAAAUCUUGAGCGAAAGGCCCUACGAGAUGUUAUCCUUCCCAAUGGCUUGACUAUCCCUCGCGGAACAAAUGUUGCCGUUGAUUCAUCCAUGAUGUGGGAUCCGGCGAUUUACCCCGAUUCGUUCUCUUAUGAUGCCUACCGUUUUAUUCGUCUUCGCAAAUCCGGUAAUACUACGGCAGCACUCGCAUCCACGAGCCCGGAACAUAUCGCAUUUGGCAUUGGCAAGCCAAUUUGCCCUGGGAGGUUCUUUGCUAGCAAUGAAGUCAAAAUUGCUCUGGCUAAGAUUCUUUUGACUUACGAUGUCAGGAUUCCUGAAGGGACGACACCCAAGAUUAUGGAGAUCGGAUUUGAAAUGCUGAGUGAUCCAGAUGCAAAGUUGGAGGUUAGAAAGCGAAAUGUUUUAUAG